GCUUCAGACAGCACCCAUCUAAUAUCCGUACUCAUGAAACUUUAUGUUUCCCAAAAGAUUGAUGCUUCAGGAUUUCGAUAUCUUUCCCUUCUUGCUAUCGUGAACUGCCGGGGUCCAUACCACGCAUCUGAUACCUGAGUUGUUGUGAUCCUUGAUCCAAACCGCAUGGCUCUUCAACCAUUGUGACGUCCAAGAGCCUCUUCCUUCAUCGAAAUCCCCUCUCCUAGGGUUGGUUCUGGAUUCUUGGUUUCCCCUCCACACACCAAUCACCAUGGAGCGACCUUCAUUCAAGCGCAAAAACGACUUCGGCGAUAUGCGUGGCCGGAAAUCCGCCCGGGUCAGCGAUGAAGAUGCUGCACCGGCCAAAGCAGGCAAGAUGUCCUUCGCCGCCCGGAUGAUGGCGAAGAUGGGCUACAAAGAAGGCGAAGGGCUAGGCAAGGAAGGCGAGGGUAUCCUGAACCCAAUCGAGGUGAAAAUGCGACCUCAAGGCGCCGGUGUUGGGACCGUCAAGGAGAAAAGCUCCCAAGCGAAGGCGGAGGCGAAGAGACAAGCGGAGAAGAGGGGAGAAGAGUAUGAGGACUCGUCAGAGGAAGAGGAAAAGAGGGCGAGGCAGCAGAGGAAGAAUCGGGGCGUUGCUGGCCAGACGGGUACCGGUGUGAGUACUCCGGGAGGAUUUACGCGACCAAAAAUGAAAUACCGGACGGCGGCCGACAUUGAAGCCGACGCGGAAGGGCUGGAGGUGCCCAAUGUCCUCAAAUCGCUCAUCGACGCGACUGGGAAGCAGACCAAAGUCCUCACAACCACAGCGGGCCUCAUGAGCAGCGCCACACAAGGGAUAGCCGCCGAAUCCGAAGUCGAAAAGAUCGCCCGACGCGCAAAGGCGGAUUUGGAGAGCUUUGCAGGCCAGUGGACGAGCUUGACGCAGCGGCAGAAAUAUACCGCGGCUGAGGAGGCACGCGUUCGGGUGGAGGUGGAUGAGCAUCAAAAAGAAAUCGACAUACUUCAAGAGCUGGCAGAGGCGGUGGAGGCUUUCCAGGCGUUGGAGCUGGGGAAGCCUCGUCUUUCCUCCGAUGCGAAAGGGAUGUGGACUGAAGCUGUUGAAAGGCUGUUACAGCUGCACCUGCGGUAUCAAGAUACAGUUCGAAAAGAGGUGCUCUCAGAAGUGGCCGUGGCGGCAAUACAUCCCCUCUUCAAGCUAGAGGUGCUAGAUUGGUCGCCUCUGGAAGAGCCUACACAUAUGGUUGACUACUUCGAUCGCCUGAGAGGGGUCCUCGCCAUCGAUCAACCCAUCACCAUCGACAUGGACUUCGACUCCCUCCCACGCUCCAAGUCAACGACACCCUACGAAUCCCUCAUGUACACCCUCUGGCUCCCAUGCGUUCGCACCGCCGUCACCAACCACUGGGACCCAUACACCCCAUCUACCCUCCUCACACUACUCGAGCACUGGCGCCCUGUCCUCCCCGACUUCAUCUACAACCACCUCGUCAACCAAGUCAUCCUCCAAAAACUCACCCGCGCCAUCCACGACUGGGAACCCCGCCGUCUGUCCAAUAAGAAAGAUCCCCGCCCCCACCAAUUCCCCCACGUCUGGCUCUUCCCCUGGCUCCCCUACCUCCCCGACGACCACACCGACCCCCACAACCCCGCCGGACUCCUCGCCGACGUCAAGCGCCGUCUCCGCCGCGUCCUGGAGACCUGGGACGUCGCCCGCGGGCCGCUCCCCGGCCUCCCCGAAUGGCGUACCGUCCUCUCCACCGAGCUCGACCAUGCCCUCGUCAGCAAGGCCCUCCCGCGCCUCGCGAAGCACCUCGCCGACCACCUCGUCGUCAACCCCGAGGCGCAAGACAUGGCACCGUUCACCGCGGUCCUAGCGUGGAACGACCUCUUCAAACCUCAAACCAUGGCGCAGUUGUUCCUGGCGGAGUUCUUCCCGAAGUUCUUCGCCGUGCUGCAUGGCGCACUGACCGGCGGCGCGCAGGACUUCGACGUGUUCGUCGAGUGGCGGAAUUGGUGGAUGGAGCAGUUCCCCGCGGAGGUGAACGCCCUGCGCGAGGUGGACGAGCAAUGGAAUAAGGCGCUGGAGUUGAUUUCGCAUGCACAACGGCUGGGCGAUCAGGCGAGCUCCCUACCCGCACCAUCAACGGCCACAUCCGCACUCCCGACGUCCCUCCCGUCGACCACCGCCGCGGCGCUUUCGACCACCGCCGACACACCGUCCGCGCCGGUGGAAGAGGUGACGAUGCGCGACCUCGUGGAGGAGUGGAGUGCGGAGCAUGAUCUGCUCUUCCGUCCGCUCCGCGAAGCGCAUCCGGAAACGGGGCUGCCGCUGUUCCGCAUCACGGCCAGCGCGACAGGGAAAGGGGGGGUGGUGGUGUAUUUUAAGGGAGAUAUUGUGUAUGCACAGGGGAAGGCGGAUCGUAGCAGUUGGAAGGCGACGGGGAUGGAGGGGUUACUUGCGAGGGCGGAGGGGAGGUGAGUGUGUAUAGAAUUGGGUGCCGAUAGAAGAGUCUGGAUCUGUUGGAUGGGGAGAAUCAAGGAGGGGAUAUGUGAAGUCGCGUUGUUGGAUACUGGAGAGCUAUCUCAUGGAUUUCAGAGGGACAGUACGUGCAAGAUAAUAUUUUGGAACGGUCUAGGUCGUUCAACGUUAGAUUGCGAAUACCCAAUGUGAAAAACUCCAGAAUGCUCAG